AUCCGCUUCUAGCUCUUUCGUUUGGGCGGGACCAUUGAACUUUAAACCACCCUGCAGCUGCGCAGUGGGCUACUGCGCUCUCAAAUAUACACACUGACCUCAGAGAGUCAGAUGCGGAGGUCAUUCAGAAAUGGGGACUUUGAUGAAGAUCGGCAGGUAGACAUCAGGCUUUCCUUCACCUCCACUACUGCCAGCGUUAAGAUCUAUUCCAGAUAUUUUCACCAACACUGAUAGCAAGAUAACACAACAGCUGUCCACUCCUUCCACUCGCUACGCACCUCACUGCCUAAAGUCUUCAGCAUGUAUCAGAUUGUCCCGGUGGCUCCUGGGGAGCAGCGGACAGCCGGGGGAGCUGGUGGUUCUCCGCUGAAGAAGAAACUGGCUCAUGAAGGCCGGCCUCUGGUGAUGGCAGGCAUGUUAGGCUGUGUGUUGGUGCUAGCUGCUGUGGUUGCUUGGUGCUACUACUCAGCGUCGCUUCGUAAAGCCCAGCUGCUGAAGGCUGAGCUGUUGGACCUGAACAAGGACGGCUUUAUCAUUCGUAACCAGGCGGGGGCCGUCAUCUUCAGUAUGACCUUCAGGUCUGGCACUCUGGAUCUGGACUCCUGCUCAAAGGAGGGAAAUAUUCUGAGCUGCACUCAGUCAGAUUCUGGCAAGCUCAACUUCUUUAUCCAGACGGUUCGACCAAAGGACACGGUGAUGUGUUACCGUGUUCGCUGGGAGGAACUGCAAAAUAAGCAUUCAGUGGAGCACGCCAUGGCCUAUAAUGACUCUCAUUGGUACGGAGGGGCAGAGACAGCAGCACAGUACUGGCCUGUCAGGAUGCAGGGCGAGGAGGAACCACAACCCUUCAUCACGAGCGAUGUCUACUCAAAUCGAAACGCUUUUGGGGGAAUCUUGGAACGCUAUUGGCUGUCUUCAAAUGCCACUGCCAUCAAGAUUAAUGACUCCGUACCGUUUCAUUUGGGCUGGUCAGAGAAAGGCAGGACGCUCAGGUUUCAGGCCCGAUACAAGGACUCUCCCUUCAGACCACCAGAGGGUCAGCAGGCCUUACCUGAGCUCAGCUAUAGAGUGUGUGUGGGGUCAGAUGUUACCUCUAUUCACAAAUACAUGGUGCGUCGGUAUUUCCCGAAGCCCAUCAAGGUCCCAGCUCCUGAAGUGUUCAAAAAACCAUUGUGGUCUACAUGGGCUCUCCACAAGUCGGCUGUAACUCAGGAGAAGCUGCUGUCCUACGCCUCUGACAUCACCAAAUAUGGCUUCACAUGCUCCCAUCUGGAGCUGGACGACCGCUACACUGCAGACUAUGGAGAGUUUGACUUUGACCCGCAGAAGUUCCCCAAUGCUAGCGGUAUGUUUGACAAACUCAGAGAGGACGGAUUUCAAGUGUCUCUCUGGACACAUCCUUUUAUCAACUAUGACUCUAUUAAUUUUGGUGUUGCUGUGGAGAAAGGGCUGUUUGUGCGGGAGCCAAGCGGCGAGCUGCCUGCUCUGGUCCGCUGGUGGAACGGCAUUGGAGGAAUCUUAGACUUUACCAACCCCGAAGCCCGUCAGUGGUAUUCCUCAAAUCUGCAGAUGCUUAAACUCCGCUAUGACGUGACGUCGUUCAAGUUCGACGCAGGAGAGACGAGCUACCUCCCACGCCAGUUCAGCACCCGUGUCCCCCUGUCUGACCCCUCCACCUUCACCCGCUUCUACACAGAGAUGGCCAUACCGUUCAGCGAGCGUGCAGAGCUGAGGGUGGGUUACCAGAGUCAGAACAUCUCCUGCUUCUUCAGGAUCAUUGACAGAGACUCUGUGUGGGGUUAUGAGCUCGGCCUCAAGUCCAUCAUCCCGGCUGUUCUGACUAUUAGCAUUCUGGGCUACCAGUUCGUCUUACCUGAUAUGAUAGGAGGGAACGCAUACCCCAACCGCACCACAGGUGGUUUAGAUGGUCUGCCAGACAGAGAGCUGUAUAUCCGAUGGUUGGAGCUUUCUGCUUUCUUGCCUGCUAUGCAGUUCUCUAUACCACCAUGGGCCUACGACAAUGAGGUGGUACAGAUAGCGCUGAAGUUCACAGAGCUCCAUGAGACUCUGGUGGCCCCCAGGGUUCUUGAGCUGGCAGGUGAGGUUCUUGAUACAGGAGACCCAAUCAUAAGGCCCCUCUGGUGGAUCGCCAAUGAUGACGAGGCGGCUUAUAAGAUUGAUUCCCAGUUCCUGAUCGGGGACGACCUGAUGGUGGCUCCGGUGUUAGAGCCUGGAAAGCAGGAGAGGGACAUCUACCUGCCUGCAGGACGAUGGAAAAGCUACAAGGGGGAACAUUUUGAUGUAAAGAAAGGCCCCAUGUACCUCACUGACUACCCUGUGGACCUGGAUGAGAUAGCUUUCUUUACAUGGGUUCACUGAGGACAUUAAAAGACUCAUAAACACACACAUACUGUAUGCACAUGUACCUUCUUGUGAGCACACAAACCAAGAAUUGUUUGUUUUUCAAAAGGAAAUGACCACUAGUGUGAUUCUGGUAAAGAUUUAACUUCGUGUCUCCACUGACCUGUUCUUUAUCUGGACGCCUGCCUGCAGUCUAUAACCGUCCAUCCAAAGAAUAAGAAUGAAACUUGUAUUCACUUCUGAUUCUCUUGUUCCAUCCGUAAGCUGAUCCUCAUCCUCAUGUGCCUUCCGCAGCCAAUAGAUUGUAUGAUCACCACAGUCUUCCACCUAAUAGACGCCUAGAUUACAGAGUCCCACAGCAUGUUUUUCUUUCAGACUGCGUGAUAAGGUAACUGACGUGUCCUUAUUGUGGCUUGACAGGGUUGGGCACAGAACCGGCAACUAAUGCACUCUGAGUUGGACAGAUGCUCCCCUGCUGAGAGGGCAUGCCUACCUUAUAAUACCAAGGCAACUGCCGUGUUGUGGAAACAUAUAGACUUAGUUACUGUGUUAACAUGCAUUAAUUUGUAGCAACACGUUACUCAUUUGUUCAUUUGUAAGUUACUUGCUAUUUACAUUAUUAACUAUUUUCUUUAGAUUGGUGGAUUGUGUUUUAGUGUAAAUACAGUAAAUUCACAUGAUCCUGGGUUUAAAUUUGGGGUACUAGUAAUGAUCACCCAACUAGAAAUAUUUUUACGUCAAUAGCAGUUGACAUGUAGUGCCAUCCUGUCAUUUCAGUGCCAAAAUCAAUCUACUGCUAUGUGCUUUUUAAAAAAAAAUCUGCACAAGUAAAAUUCACAGCUCAGGGCAGAAUUAAAAGAAAACAUUUAUAAUUGAAUGAAUUGUGUUGAUCCACAGCAAGACCUUAAUGUAUUAUACUAAUGCUACUGUUAUGCCUUGUAGAGCAGGUAUUGUUCUCAGCAAUGCCAUAUUUGAAUGUCCAUGUCUGCCUUGUGACUUUAUUUGCCUGAAGUAAGCAAUGCCAACCUUAGCACAGAGAGCCAGUAAAGCGAUAACACUCACCUUUGCCCACAGUGAUUUGCUUUCUGUUUUGUACCUUAACAGUUUAAAGCACUGAGUUUGCAAAGUACAUGAGUUUUGUUUUAAAAUGAGACAUCUGCUAUCUGAAUAUGUCUGUCUGCUCAGUACACUGAUUUCUGGCACGAGGGUAAAGCACACUACUGGUUAAGUCAUCUAAAUGCCUUGCCUAGAGAUAAUUAUACUAGCACUGUUUAAGUGCUUUGAAAUGUUUAAGUUACUACAUAUAGAUUGUUAUUUGGAGGAUUACAGCAUCAUUCAAAUGAUUCUGAUAGUUGCUGUUUGUUAAAGUAUGAAACAAUCGUACUAUGAAUUGGUUGUUUCUGUGACCACCAGAUGGAGGCAAAGUCUGAAAUGUUCAAUUUCACAGUGGCUUUGCAGGUAAAGUAGACAGUGUUUUUAAAAAAAAAAAAGAAGAAAGAAGAAGAAAUGUGUUAUUUGGAAUAAUAUUACUCAUAGAAACAGAGUUUGAAAUGUUGUCUGUCUUCUUGCUGUAGGUCCUAAAUCAAUAUUAUUUUCUGCAUUAUGAAUGUAGACGGCCAAAGAAAACAUGAUAUGGUAUUUCCAUUUUCUGUAUAUGCAGUAUAUAUGUAUGUUGCUGUGCAAAAAGCUUGAAUGUUGAAUAUUGAAAGAGGUUCCAAAGGUUGUUGUUACCCUAAAAAUAACUAUGUAAUCCUUGCGUUUUCACAUGACAACAACAAUGUGCUCUGUUUUACAUGGAUUAUUCAAUGAGGGCAUCUUCGAACAAACUGAACAAACAAAAAUCACUUGUAAACCACUAGCUUUUCUUCAGUUUAUCCACCUAUAAAGACUGUUUUAUUCUCAGUGUGCCACCAGUGUGCGCGCUCUCUCUCUAUGUAUGUGUGUGACUUUGCAUGAUUUCUCCUUUUUUCCCGCCUCUACAAAGAAAGAAAGUUAACACUGUCUUAUACAAAAGAUAAGUCUAUUUUUGACAGGUGCAUUCAGAAAUAAGUUCUUUGACAAUUUUACCAGCUUCAUUUCUGGUACAGAGCACACCAAAUACUUCCUGCAUUUUACUUGUGUCUAAAAUGGUGAGAAAGUUUGUUGACCUUUAAGUGCUUUGUACUUUAACACUUUGCGGUAAUGAGAUGGUGAUGUUAAAAGUAACCAACACCAUCAAACCACGAAGUCCAAAAUCUUAAGGUCUGCCUCAUUAAUCCUCAGGAUCAACAACUAAUAUAAUUUAUUGAUUUGUUCAUAUUUUGUGUUCUUUUUGUCACUCGUCUUUCUAAUUAAGGUUCAUAACGAAGCAAAUAUUUCUGUAAAUAGUGAUGGGAAAUUCAGAAACUAAAGAAUUAAAAAAUGAAAUGAUCAAUCA